GUGAGCACGCCACACCCAGCAGAGUGAGGCAGAGGGAGGCUGUGCUGGAGGAGGAACGGCUUGUGUAACAGCUGGAUCAGCCAGUGGCACCGACGGCAACCAGUUGCGCCAGCAGCAGCAGCAGCAGCAACUCCGUUGCCUUGUUGAAAUGUCCAGGACGCAGAGGAGGCGGCGCAUGCAGCGGCCUCUCAGCGCCACAGGGGCCGCCGAGUAGUUGAGGAUAUACGGACUAAACAGCUUGCAAAACAACAACAGUGUUUGCAUGUUUUUUGCCGAGACUGUAGCCAGUUUUUGGAGGAAUGAGAGGCGCAUAUCCGGCUCUUAAAAUGGGACUGUUUCUGCACGCUGUCGGCUCUGUCACCCCCACCGAGUCCGCAGCAGACAGGAGUUUACUGCACUGUGAAGGUGUGAACAACCAGAGCUACAUCUGUGAGUCGGGACACUGCUGCGGGGAGUCUCAGUGCUGCAGCUACUACUAUGAGCUCUGGUGGUUCUGGUUGGUGUGGGCGAUCAUCUUCAUCUUGAGCUGCUGCUGCGUUUGUCACCAUCGUCGCACCAAACACCGUCUGCAGCAGCAACAACGGCAGCACGAGAUCAACCUCAUCGCUUACCGCGAAGCACACAACUACCCCUCUGUGCCCUUCUACUUCAGGUUUCUGCCAAACUACCUCCUGCCGGACUAUGAAGAGGUGGUCAACCGUCCCCCGACUCCUCCCCCUCCCUACAGUGCCUUACACACCGGCCCGUCCUCAGUGGCCACGAGUCCUCUGGCUCCGGAGCAGCAGGAGGGACACUGUCCAACCAUCCAGCCGGCUCCGGUGCCGCCGGUCUCCGACAGUCUGUGCUGCAGACCCAGCAUAGAGGACCCUCAGCCCCCCACCACAGACUUCAGGCCCAAACCUGACAACAAGCCCCUGCAGACGGCUCAAGAGUCGGCCGUGAUCCUGCUGUCAGAAUCGCUCAGCAGAGAGGGACUCAGCAGCCAGGAGAAAAGAAACGAGAGCGGGGACGACUCCUGCAAGGACCCCCUGCUGAAGGAGCCGUCGGAGGGUCCCGCCGAGGACAAGGAGCGCCUCCCCAACGGGAGGAGGAGGCGCUUCACGGGGGACUCUGGGAUCGAGGUGUGUGUUUGCGGCACGCGGGGGAGCAGUAGCGGAGCUGGAGGGAAGGAGGGCCAGGAAGGAAAGGAGCUGAGGGAGCUAGAGAGCCUGCUGGGGCGCGAGGGAGAUGAUGAGGAAGAGGAAGAGGAGGAGGAGGAGGGAGAGGAGGUGGGUGACUUCUGCGACAGCUGCGGCCACCGAGCCUCCUUCGGUGCGGAGGAGGAGCAGCAGGCGCUGGGCGGCGGGCCGGAGAGGCGGGUCGUACGCGGGCCGACAGCACCUCCUCCUCAGCCGGCUCACCAGAUGGGCAGCAGCGCCUCCCUCCACCCCCCCGUGUGCCUCCUCCUCCACACCAUCAACGAGCAGGAGGCGCCGCUCCACAGCAGCACUGAGCCGCAGGGCUGAAAAACACCUCGCCGCCGUGGAGGAGGAAGGAGAGGAGCACCUGAGACGGAGCACGGAGGCUUUUAUAUCCCAGCAAGUGUGUUUUAUUUCUUAGUUUCUUUUGUUCAGACAAAGGUAAGGAGGAGAUGUUUUUACCUGACAUGUUUCCACUGACAACUUCAGUCUUCUUCAGAGGCGUCAGCUGAUCGCUGUGACGUGUCUUUUUGUGGAGUUCCUCCUCUGAAGAAGAUAUAUUUAGCAACUUUUCAGACCCCCUUAGAGACUAUUUUUCAAAAAAGUGACUGGCGACAAAUCCAGCGACUUUUUCUGGUGUUAUUGGAGACUUUUGGAGACUCGUUCUUACUCCCAGUCCUCCUGCAGCAGUCUCUCCCAGCUGCAGAGCCGGAGGGGAUGUUAACCCCUUAGCCUCCAGUCUGCAAAUUGCUAACAGGCUAACAGUUAGCUCUGUAGCAGUACAGUGUGUAUGUGCUAACAGGCUAACAGUUAGCUCUGUAGCAGUACAGUGCGUAUGUGCUAACAGGCUAACAGUUAGCUCUGUAGCAGUACAGUGUGUAUGUGCUAACAGGCUAACAGAAGAAGACAUGUCAGGUAAAAACAUCUCCUACUUACCCUUGUCCGAACAAAAGAAACUAAGAAAUAAUAUUCAGAAGCGGACAAAAUGAAAUUGCUGGAAAUAGCAAGUGUGUCGUGUCUAAAUACUUUCUGAGUGAGUAUUUUUAUGAAUGUGUGCAUCUUAGAUUAACAGUCGUGGGAGCAGGAAGUGGAAUCUCACCUGCAGUGUGAUUGAAAGCCUGCUCCUCCCCACACUGGACCAGUGGCCUUAACCUGUGUAUGUCUGGGCAGUAAAGCCCUUUAACAGUCCUUCAGUUGUCCUUUUCAUGCAACCGAAGCUACUGACGCUCCGUCAAAGACUCGAUAGCUGUGACGUGAGGACGGGACGUUCGCUGCACGCAGCUCUCCUCAUAACAAUUCUGCAAAUCUGUUCUCUGCAGGCAGGAAACUACAUGAUAAAAACAAACACAGCAGGAACAUUUUGCAUGAGUGCAACUUGGAUUUUACCACGGUGUGCUUCUGCAAACUGAGGCCCCGUUCACACGAGGACGGUCUGAACAGAAGACGCAAAAGUGGCGUUGCGUCUUCACUUUUUAUUCCUCGUUUAGACGAGCGUUUUCGGGAGGAAAUCUGCUGCAUACGGUGACGCAAAAGUGUGUGGAAUUGGAUUGUAUGCAGCCAGGCGGCAUCACUUAAAGCCAUAAGAGCAUCUUUGGGCAUGCGGAAGUUUUCACGCCACACAUUUUCAUCAGCUACUCCUUCCACAAAGUUCUCCACCAUC